AUGCAGGACACCACCCUGCAUCAUCUGCUUGGGAGCCCGUGGGUGACAGCAGGUCAUAUGUCACCCAUGGUGUGCCCAGCCUGCCAGCACGCCUGGUUCCACCGGGCCUGCAUCCAGAAAAUGGCCAAGAGCGCUGGGCUUCGCUGUUUCCAGUGCCCUCUCUGCCGAGACAGAGAGAGGUUCGUACAGGAAAUGCUCAACUUGGGGAUCUACAUCCCAGUCAGGAAACCCAAGUGGGAGCGCAACCGUGCCUACGCAGCACUGGGAGUUCGGCACGGACGCUGCGAUGCCAGCGACUGCCGUCACCCCCAUGGCAGGGAGCAGAGAGAGGGAGAGGGGCCCUGGCAGCUGCUCCUCUGCAGCUCCUGUGCUGCACAAGGCACGCACCGACUGUGCUCCAACCUGAGUCCCAGCACCACCAGCUGGGAGUGCGCCAGCUGUGCUGGAGAGGGCACCGCCUCCGGCACCAACUCGGACAGCGCUGGCCCCAACACCGCCAGCCAGCAGGGACCGGGGCCGUCCCAAAGCUCCGCAGGACAGCAGAGCAGCAGCUCCGACACCACCAGCCAGGCACCGUCGGAGCCGGAUCCCACUUCCCAGGUGCCUGAGCUGCUCUCCGGGCAGCCGGGGCGGGCGCGGACUCGAAGCCGCUCGCCCCUCGAUCGUCGGGCUGCAGACACCGACAGCCAGCCCCGAAGACGCCUUAGGAGCCGGUCCAGGCGGCGAGGGCCAGCCCAGGGGCGGAGCCGCUCCCGGGCACCACGUCGGGCCCGGCGCAUCACCAGCCGGCCCCGCUGAUGCCGUAGGAGCAGCCGUGUCCAAGCUCCGCUUCCUAUCCAAAGUCAUCACGGAAUUGUAGGGAUUGGAAGGGACCUGUAGAGAUCAUCGAGUCCAACCCCCCUGCCAAAGCAGGUUCCCUACACAAAGUCAUCAACUCAUCUGAAUCCAUCCCAAUAAAACUGAAUUCCAUCAUA